CAGUCACAAUGGCGGUUCUGUUCGUUAUCUCGCUUGUCCUAGCUACGUCUCUAGCCCAAAUCCCAAUCCCGCAAAGGGAGGUGGGGUUUGUGUACGAUUCUGCCAACCCCAAUGCCCCGGUACACUUUGACUUCUACAUCGACCAAAUGUGCCCCUACAGUAAGGAAGCGUUUGGAACUGUUCUACUAUUGGCGAGCGUCUAUGGGCCUGAAAAAAUGAAACUGACGAUCCACCUGUUUCCCCUGCCGUACCACCGGAACUCCUUCUACGCCAGCAAGGGUUCGCACAUCUUUAGCAAUGUGACGGAUGCUGCCACGACCUUCAGCUGGAUGCAAACUAUCUACGAUCGCAUGGACCUCUUCUCAAAUAACGCCACCAUCAAUAUGCCCGACAGCCAGAUCGUUGAUAUGUUUGCCAGUGUUGCUGACAAGGUCGGCGUACCGGCCUCGCAGUUCAAGGCCCUGAUAAUGGAUGAGAAUAUCGAGAUGGACACGAGGGUCGGUUGGAAGUACUGCUGUACACGAGGCGUUGCGCAUACACCGACGUUCAUGAUCAACGAUGUAACGGUUGCCGGGGAGCCGACGUGGACAGUGUCUGAGUGGAAACAGGUCAUAGAUCCUCUGCUCUCUGGGCCACCACUUGUCCGGCCACUGAAGGCUACCAACACCACCUGCCCUCCAGGAAUAAAGCAGUGCGAAUUCCUCCCCGGGAAGAUAGAAUGCUGCAAAGAUGGAGAGUUCUGCAUCCCCAACGUCGGAUGUCGGUGCUGACAACAACGAUUGCCUACGCCAUAACAGACAUCAUCAUUCUCUCACCUGUCGGUUAUAUAACUAUGUCAUGUUGUUGACAGUAAAGUAUCUGUCUUCA